UAGUAAAUCUUUCUCCUUUAAGGAUGCCAUUAUCAGAGACCAUUGAAAAAGACCAGUUUCAUUUUGUCUUGGGGGAGCUCCUGCCUUUCAUCAGUCCAGCCCUGUUGGGUGCUAUUUCCCUCUGUCAGAUUUAGGGACAGGCCUUCAAGAUUCUGCAUCACCUUUGCAUGGAGCACAAAGACGAGGAUGAUGAUGAUGUAUCUUUUGCCAAAUGGAUGAGCAGCUUCUGGGGGCACAGCUGGAGAGAGGAGGAGGAGAGAGCUGUCCGGGAGCGGCGCCGGCCACGGGACGCCAGUGACAGGAAAGCCUCCCUGCCCUGUCCAUUUCCUGCUCUUCCCCGAAUGACAUCAUCUGACCACCAUCCCAGAAGGCAUUCUCAUGAGGACCAGGAAUUCCGAUGUCGUACCCACAUGCGUGAUUACAGAAAAUGCUCCGGGGAUGGGUCAUUCAAGGAACCACUGGAACCGAAAGGAAGGUCCCAUUCCAAAAUUCAGGAAUUUUCGGAGUCCUUUGAACAACAACUAUGCUUUAGAACUAAACGUUCUGUCUCUUUGGGCCCUGAGAGCCGAAAGGAGAGAAAUGAAAGAGAAUGUCUGAGGAUGGAAGUGAGAGCCCGAAAGAAAGUGGAGGAAAGAAGGAACUCUAUGAAGGAAGAACACAGAGAAGCGUACAUGGCCCCUCUGAUGGAAAAAGGGCCUGAAUAGUACUUAGCUUCUACAUCACGAUGACAGGUCUGCAGGGUUUUUUGAGCCUCAGGACUCCCUUUCGGGAUGCCUAGGCGGCAGCUGUGAAAGGUCUCUGCAGAUGCUAAUGACUGAGGGGGGCGGUUGGUACAGCUGCUCCUCAAGGUGACGUGCAACACCCUCUACCUGCUUCUGGUGUCUCAGCUGAGGGUGUAAUCUGCUUUCUUGCCCUUUUAUGGGAAUAAAAAUAAUACAAGCUAUUUUAAUAGAAUAAAGUAAUUUUUG